CAGUUUCUUUUUUCCCCCUCAGAAUGAGAUAGGCGGAGAGUUGCGACCCGGAAGUUGAAAUGCGCACGGUCCGGAAGCGCUGGCGGCAGCCUGAAGGAGACGGCUAGCUAGAUCUUCGUGGGGAACGGAGCCAGGCUGGCGUUGUUGCCGCCACUGCCAUGUUUUUGACGGUGGCCAAUUUGGCCAAGAGCAAAUCAAAGUAUAUCCUUGUGAGGAUGUUGAGUGAAGCAGGAACAGGUUAUUCUUUCAAUAUAAGAAGAGCUCGGCUUGGAGAAAAGUUGGUUAAACUGAGAUAUGAUCCUUUUGUUAAAAACUAUGUCCUCUUCAGAGAGCAUAAAAAGAUCCGUUCCCUGUAGUUGAUGACUGGCUAAAAUUAAUUCAUACAUGAGGCAGACUCAUGGGGGGAAAUGCUAAGUCGACGACCCUGCAGUGUUCUCAGAAAGAAGAGGAAAUGGACUGAGGUGGCUGUCUCCUGUGAUUUGAAGGCCAUUGUGAACAAGAACAAUGUGGAAAAAGAAAGUUGUUGGUGUCUAGCCAUGGAUCAUCAUCAACAACUUACUUAUCUUUUUGAGUUAUUUUUACAGCUCUCAAAUAAUAAAAUCCCCCCCCCGUUG